AUGGAUAAAUUUAUGAAGAAAAGACCUCGAGUUUCUAUCGGUUCUUCAAGUGCUAAUGUUGAGCAAGAACCACAACAAUUGGGAAAUAAUGUGGUAGUUGAAAAUAAUCCGGACGAGAUUGAAAUUGAUAAAGAGAAAAUUAAAGCCGACCCCGGAUUACGAGACUCUAUGGAUAGUUUUGAUGUGAAUAUUCGGGAUCGUAUUCGUAGAGAAUAUGUUGCCAAAGGCCCGUGCCAACCAAAAAGCCAUGAUUUUCCAAAAAAACAAUAUGGAAAAGAUAAGAGAGCACCGGGAGAUGAAGCAUUUGUUAGCGGUGGUUUCUCUAAUUGGAAGAAGGCUAAUGAAAGAUUUAGAGCUCAUGUUGGGUCAACGGGUAGUUCACACAACAAAGCUAGAAUUGAAUAUGAAAAUUUUGUAAAUCAAAAGCAGAGUGUGACUUAUAUUGUUAGUAGAGUUAGUUCAAAACAAGAGAAGGAAUAUAGGAUUCGUUUGACUGCAACUCUUGAUGUUAUUCGAUUCCUUUUGACUCAAGGUUUGGGUUUUAGAGGACAUGAUGAGACAUCAACUUCUUCAAGUAGGGGCAACUUUCUAGAGCUAUUAUAUUGGUAUAGUUUAAGCAAUGAUGAAGUUGGUCAAGUUGUAUUGAACAAUGCUCCUGGAAAUAAUCAAAUGAUUGCUCCAUCAAUUCAAAAAGAAAUAGUUAAUGCAUGUGCAAUUGAAACUACGCUAGAAAUAAUGAAGGAACAUGGUGAUGAAUUAUUUUCCAUAAUGGUUGAUGAGUCUCGAGAUUGCUCGGUGAAGGAGCAAAUGACUAUUGUUAUUAGAUAUGUGAACAAAAAUGGAGAGAUAAUAGAAAGAUAUUUAGUCUUAGUUCAUGUUAAAGAGACUUCAUCAAAAUGCUUGAAAAUGGCAAUUUGA